AACAUACUUUAGUUUCUCAUCUCCAUCUUUUGGUAUUUCUCCACCAUGGGGUACUCUCCUAAAGUUAUCAUUUCUCUGUUCUGCUCCUAUAUGCUUAUAUUGCAUAUUACAUGUAGUGCUGUGAUCCCUGCCUUGGCUUUGAAAGACUGUGAGUUUCCUGCCAUCUUCAACUUCGGAGACUCAAAUUCAGAUACUGGUGGAUUUGCCGCAUCAUCCCUUCCAUCAACACCAACCCCACCUUAUGGAGAGACCUAUUUCCAUAUGCCGGCCGGAAGAUUCUCUGAUGGAAGACUCAUCAUCGAUUUCCUUGCAAAGAGUCUUGGUCACCCUUAUCUAAGCGCAUAUCUGGAUUCUCUCGGGACAAAUUUCUCGUAUGGUGCAAAUUUUGCAACUGCAGCUUCCACUAUCAGACUCCCAGAUUUCAUUUUACCAGCCGGUGGAUUUAGUCCCUUCUACCUUGAUAUUCAAUAUCUGCAGUUCCUGCAACUAAAAUCCAGAUCACAACUCAUAAGGCGUCGAGGGGGAAUAUUUGCAAGUUUAAUGCCCAAGGAGGAGUACUUUUCCAAAGCUUUAUACACAUUCGACACUGGCCAGAAUGAUCUUGGCGAGGGAUUUUCCGGUAACCUGACUAUACAGGAAGUAAAUGCAUCUGUUCCUGAUAUAAUCACUGGUUUCUCAACGAAUAUCAAGAAAAUAUAUGAUUUGGGAGCAAGAUCAUUAUGGAUCCACAAUACCGGGCCGAUUGGCUGUCUCCCUUACAUUCAGGCAAACUUCCCAUCAGCUCAGAAAGAUGAGAUUGGCUGUGCAAAGGCUUACAAUGAAGUAGCUGAGCAUUUUAACCAUGAGCUGAAGCAGGCCAUAGUUCAACUCAGGAAGGAUCUUCCUAAGGCUGCAUUUACUUAUGUAGAUGUGUAUUCUGUCAAAUACUCUCUUUUCAAGGAACCCGAGAAAUAUGGAUUUGAGCUCCCACUUGUUGCUUGUUGUGGCUACGGUGGUAAGUACAACUAUAACGGCACUGCUGAAUGUGGAGCAAUAAUUACAGUCAAUGGAAGCCAAAUCUUUGUUGGUUCAUGCAAAAACCCCUCAACUAGAGUUGUCUGGGAUGGUAUUCAUUACACCGAGGCAGCUGCAAAAUUUAUUUUUGAUAAAAUUUCAACUGGAGCAUAUUCAGAUCCACCUCUUCCCUUGAAACAAGCAUGUCAAAGGAGUUUGAACUAAAGAACUUGGUGAAAUAAUGAACUAAUGAAAAUAAAUUAUCUUUCACAAUAAGUGGAUAGUUGUGGCUGUCCCAAUAUAGUCGAUAAUUCCGAGUGUCUGGUUUUCACUUUUCAAUAAGAAGAGGAAAUAGUUCAGAUCUGUUACCAUGUUCAAUUUACCUUUAGCUCUGCAAUUAAAUCAUUUGUUGAAACCAACUUUUGUAUCUUACUCUCCGAACUCCUUCCUGUCUCUUUGAUAUGAAACCUGCAUAUUGGUCUC